ACUUUAAUGUCAGUUUAUUUUCUCCUUCAAGUGAGCAAGUGGGGCAGAGUCAGAAAACAACUGCAACUGGAGUUACUGGGAGGGUGUAGCUGGCUAGAUUGAUGUGUUCUUUUUUCCAUCUAGAGAACAGACUCUUUUCCCUAAAAGCAUCCGUUCCAACUCUUACUCUGUCAAGAUGUCUGGAAACCAAAGCAACACAAGUGAAAACCAUUGUAUUGUUGACAACAACAGCUUGAUCUUCACUCUGGUUCCACCCUACAUCCUGGUCAUCAGUGUGCUUGGAAUAAUCUUUAAUGUGUUUGUGCUGAUGGUUUUCUGCCUCCACAAGAAGGCCUGCACUGUGGCUGAGAUAUACCUCAGCAACUUGGCUGGAGCUGACCUUGCUCUGGUGUGCUGGUUGCCCUUCUGGGCUGAAUAUACAAGAAAGGGAUUUGACUGGCCUUUCAGUGAAAGCCUGUGCAAAGUGACAUCAGCUGUUAUCUACAUGAAUGCGUUCUGCAGUAUUUACUUCCUUGUUCUGGUUAGCAUAGAUCGUUAUGUGGCACUGGUGCACCCACUUUCCCAUGAGAGGAUACGCCGGCCGUUUUAUGCCAAACUAGGAUGUCUGUUUGUGUGGGGUCUUGGCUUGGUCUUUGCUCUCCCCAUAUUCAUCUACAGGAAGUUAAAAUUCAACCCUCAGUCAAAUCUUACUCAAUGUUCACUUGACUUACCACAAAAUCAAUAUCUGGCAUCUGAAGUGAUAACCAUAAUUUUCAGCUUCAUCAUCCCUAUUAUCAUUAUUUCCUUCUGCACUGUCAGAAUUUUUCAGUCACUGAAUAACAGGCUAAUGGAGGGUUUAAGCUCUAAGAAAAUGGAGCAGAAGGCUACCACUCUCAUCCUGGCAGUUCUCCUGGCAUUCCUGAUCUGCUGGGUGCCAUUCCACGUGACAAAGAUACUAGAUGUGCUCCAAAACACUGGCAUUCUGAAAUGUCACAUCACACUGACCAUCGUCCAACAGAUCUCUACGUACUUUGCCUUCUUCAACAGUGUCCUUAACCCCAUUCUCUACGUCAUUGCUGGAAAUAACUUCAGAAGAAGAGCUAAGGAACUCUCCAAGCAGUGGAACAAUAAGACUACAGAAACAUUCAGCCUCAUGUCAACUCGCAUAACGACUCUGAGGCUGACAAAGUCUCAAGCUACUCUCUGAUCUUUUGAGUUUUGAUGUGUGCUUUGGUUAUUUUAAAUUAACUGGGUGAUUAUUCACCCAAGCAUGAGAAAAAAAAUUUUUUAGGCAAUCUGAAUAUAUAGAGUUUAUUUAACAUUGUUUAUUACACCGUAUCUCCAGAAAGUAGUAGUAAGGUUUGAGUGCCUUGAGGGGUGCUGCUAUUUUUUCCCUAAUUCUAUGCACAUACAAUACCAGGAAUUUGGUGGAUAUCCAUAUUAAAGAAGCAUAUUUGAAAGUAACGCACAGUCUCUUGAGCAUUUAGAGUCUUGGUUCUGCAUAAUGUCAGUGAGAGUGAUAUCCUUGAUAUUAUCAUCUCAGGUAUACAGCUCUGGCUGUGAGCACAGCAGUCCCAACCACCUACUAUUUAAGUCAUGCUCAGAAUAAAGUUGGCUUAGAGAGAAGAAGCUGCAACAGCAAGAAUGAACUAAGAGGCUUCACUAAAAGCCAAGAUAAAUAAGGAUUAACUAGGACUGUUAAUCAGGCAAAGUUAGAAGACGCACACACACAGACGCACACACACACACACACACACACACACACACACACACACACACACAAAUACAAUCCACAUCUCUUGUUUUACAUCAAAAGUUCAAGCAACAAGGGUGGGGUUGCUUUCAAAGCCAAGGAUCCGGUAUAGCUUUGGUAUAACAGGAUCUGAGACGCGAAUCUGAAUCUGCCAUUCUACUGCUUUAUUUCUUUUAUUCAGUUAUAUUUUAUUAGAUAUGCUUUCAGAUCUAAUGCAAUAAUAACACUGCUACAUAAUUGAAUAGCAUUACCACAUUUAUUCUCUAUUACAUAAGUAAUGGACACAAGCUAAUAUAAUGGAACGACUAUACAAAGGAGAUGAAAGAAGGUUAACAGCGUUAAAAGCAUUAACACAAGAUUUUAAUGGUUAGAUGUUCCACACUGUACAUGUGAGUGGUUGUGUAUUAAUAUGUCUCUGUGCUGCAACAUUAUGCGGUUUUAAUGCUACCGAUUGGAAUACUUUAGUGAUGAACUGUAAACCACUAAACCUGUUGUGCUGCGCAGUAUUACUUACUGUUGUGUAUUACAUUGUAAAGAAUUCCUUUCCUACUCCUGUGACUCCAAAAAGACAUUUAACCUACCAAUACUGAAGAACUACCUGCACACUGUAUUAAUCUUUGCAUGUAUGUAACAGUAUAUGAAAAACAGCGAAUUGUAUGCCUCGUACUCAAACUUCGCUUUUAGUGGCAGCUUCUGUGUAUGUAUUGUGAAACAUUUAUACAGUGAACUUGUGAUAUAUCACCUUGCUAGAUCAGUGUAAAUACAAAAACUCAAUAAUCCUCAUUUACUGGCAUCUUCUGUAGUCCGCUGUGGUAAAUAAAUGUCUACACACCAGGGAACUUUAAGUUUUAAAUCAAAAAUAAUGUUUUAAAUUAAACGCACAUCCCCUUUUAAGUUACACUAUGUGAGUUAUUAGAUAUUUUAUACUUUGGAUUAGUUGGUGAUUUCAGCUUGGCAGUUGUGAGGAAUGUGGGUCUUAAUGUAAAUCUGUGUUGGCCCAGUCCAGUGUGGAUUCCCCGUAUGACAGCUGGGAUAGACUCCAGUCCUCAUAUGUCCCAGAACUAGAUGAAUGGUUAAAAGAAUAGAUGGAUGGCUAUGGUUCUCAGCACCUCUGAUAAGCCUUUAUUUGGUAAGCUGUGAUUGAUUAAACUACAAAGGAUUAACAAACUCCAGGCGUACCUGUCCACUCAGUGGCAGGCUUUGAACUGUCAACAGGCAGCUGUUACAAUGUAAACAGCAGGCAGAUCUCUGUCAGUAUCGGCUUUAUCUCAUGGACAUAUUGGCACAUCCCAGUAAACUUAACAGAAUACACUGAACCACACGGGGACUAUUGAAAUAACAUGAUAUAAAUAUUAAUUUUCUUAAAAGUUCUGUCCAUGUAAAUGUUACUUUUUUGGGGAUUAAACAUGAACAUAAAAUAAUGGUUUCAUUUGAGAGAAAAUUGCAUGCGUCAAAGUGGAGUAUUUUCUGUUUGUUUAGUGUAAAUGUCUUCAUAUCGCUAUGAUACAGAAUAAAGGAAGUGAUUUCGG